AUGGCCCACGAUGAAGGCUACGAUAUUGCACGCAAAUUUACACCGGAGAUGUGGGAGGGAGUUGCACGGGAGUCCGCCCAAGAUCUUGGAUACUUCUUGAAGGAAGAGGGAUUCAGGCCUCUGAGUCGACAGGAGUAUCAUGACUUUUAUCUACGCUGUGUGGACGACAUCUUUCAGGAGACACUCAAGAUUCUGGAUAAGAUGGCAGGUACGGGUGACGGAGUGCAUCUUUACGAAUAUCCCGUGUUCUUUUUCAUCGACGAAGAGGGCGGACGCCGUCGUCAUGGAUUAAACACUUGCUGGUUUACCGUGAUGGACUGCAUCCAUUGGCUACUUACACGCAAGUGGUGGACAAGAGUGUGGACGUUGCAAGAGGCUGUACUGCCUCAUGUCGAUCCAAUCGUCCACGCUCCUCCCUAUUCGUUCAGAUUGUCACGGCUACUGAACGGAGUUCAUGCCAUGUUGCACCAUAAUAGCCAAAGCUGCUGUAAAUGGUUCGGGUAUGUUAUUCUGACGGAAUACAGGGACUCCUAUGAAGGUCGUCACUACGCCCAAGCACGUUCAGUCAUUGAGCAACGAAGGAGCCUGACGUCUGAACGCCAGCAGUCGCUCCAGCCAGAAGAAGUUACGGUCCCACUGGCAGAUGUUGUUCAAUCCAUCCGGGGACGGCAAGCGACGGAAAUUAGAGACCGUUGGUUCGGAAUACUUGGAUUCCUGCAUCCUGAGUGGCAAAAGGAAGACAGCAACAGCUCCGGCUGGACAACCGCGGAGUUAUUCACCAAAUGUUCCAAACUGAUUUUCAGCAGUAGUGGGGAUUUGAUUAGAAUGAGUUUCGCCAGACGCCAGCGACGCAGCCAGGUGUCAGGGCUUCCGUCAUGGGCAUUGGAUCUCUCUGUUGAGUUCCAAGAAGACAAAGGUGAUUGGAAUCACUGGAAACUCUACAAUGCAUCUGCGAAUGUGGAGUUUUUAUACGUUGGAGAAACCGGAGAGUGGUCGGACUUAAAGGACGCAGACCUUGAGGUCAAGGCAAUACGCAUCGGCACAGUACAGGCAUGUGGUGGCCUCAUACCUCUUGAUGCCUUCGACUCUGGAGAUACCUCUAGCAGGAUCCUCAAAUUAGUCGAGGACUGGCAAGAAUUGUAUCGCAACCACGUACAAUCUGCGGACGACAGCGCAUUUUGGAGGACAAUAUUCAUGGACAGAAACCACGAGAUACAUUGGCUUCAUAAAAGGAUCAUGUCACUCAAUGAACGCAGAGUAGACAAAAUCAGGUUGUGGUGGAAACAAUGGAAAAGGACGGGCCGCCAUCAUGAUCUGAAUCCUGACAGGAAGGCGGACAAUGGGAGUCGAGGGGACUUUACCUACAGAGAACUAUCGUUAUGUGUCAAAAUGGCGAAGUUCUUCGUGACAACUCAAGGAGUUCCAGGCAUGGGUCCGCGCGACAUGCAGCCCUCCGAUGAGGUGUAUGCCCUGGCUGGUUGCGAGUCACUUGCAGUUCUACGACGAGGGUCGAGGAACGGGAAGAACUGUUUAACGUUUGUGGGGCUUUGCUUUGUCGAUGGAUGGAUGUAUGGCAGGGCGACCUGUGGCAGUCCGCAGUGGGAGACGCUUCACCUAUACUAA